CCACAUUCCUGCCUUUAUGUAAUAGCUGUUCCGCGCAUGACCUGCCUAAGCAGUGACAUAGUCUCGCUUUGCUACGGCCCGCAUCGGAAGUUGCAGGAGAUAUUACAUACGCGCUGUCCGUUGUAAGGCUUCAAAGCCGUACAUAAGUGGAGGUCGGAGUUGCAGAGCUGGCAUUGAGCUCGUGUGUGAAGGGGCGCGUCUACUUCGAAUAAGCUCAACAAUCGAUUAGAGUUCCGAGGGCUCUCAGGAAGCUGUUUCUCAAUCGCCGUUUCUAAUAGAACUAUUCGGAAGUCCCUAACCUAGCACCUUCCAUCUCAGAGCAUUAUCGGCUCGAAAAUCCACAACUUGGCAGACACGAAAGCGAUUCAACCUUCCACCUAUCUUUCCGAACGAAUACUACUGCAACCAUGGGCUCCCUCGUAGACCUUCCCCACGGGAGCGCCCCAAACCUCGCCCUCGUCCACCCGACCGAAGAAGAAAAGCUCAUCCAAUUCAAGCACAACAGCGCCGAAUGGCGCGGCGCCCUCACCAGCGAAGCCUACCUGCGCCGCGAAAAAAAGCUCUCCACGCAAGCACUCACUCGCGACGGCGGCAUCACGUACUGGAUCCUAAUUGACAAGACCGCGAAAAGUAACCCACUGGACCCGACGUCGUCAGCACGGCUGCCGCUCGCGAGCUGCGAGACGUAUCACAAGAAGGCGCUGGUGUGGCAGCAUGGUGAGGUCAAAGAGACGGUUUGUCAUGGGAUUGGGAGCGUGUUUUGCGCGCCGCAUUUGAGGGGGAGGAAGUAUGCGCAGAGGAUGAUGCGGGAGCUGGGCGAGGUGUUGAGGACGUGGCAGACGAACGAGCAGAAGGAGUGCUUGUUCUCGGUGUUGUACUCUGAUAUUGGGAAGAAAUUCUACGCAGAUUUUGGCUGGGAGCCGUUCAACUCUUCGCACGUAUCGAUCCCGGCUGGCGUGUCAAAGGCGGUUGAUACAAGCAGCCUGCCGAAAGCCCGGCCACUUUUCGCAGAAGACCUAGCAGAACUCUGCAAGAUCGACGAGGCGCUCGUGCGGAAGAGUCUCGUGUCGCGCCCCAAAGGCAGCAACACAGCAGUCGCCCUGAUCCCCGACAUCGAGACGAUCCAAUGGCACCACGCCCGUGAAGAUUUCGUUGGUAAAGAACUGCACGGGAAGACGCCCAAGGUCAAGGGUGCAAUAGUCGGUACCGAGGAAGGAAAGCGCGUGUGGAGCUACUGGACGCGAAUGUGGUAUAAUCAGAACCCACAGGAAGCCAAAGGGAACACGCUGCACAUCCUGAGGAUCGUCAUCGAGGACCAAGGGCACUCUAGCUGGGAGGGGUCCGGGACCAGCCACGCUGAUGGAAACCCGACCGAUCACAGUCACGUUGCUGCUAUCACCGCACUCCUCCUCAUGGCGCAGCGAGAGGCGGAGGAAUGGAGAAUGGAGGAGGUUGAGGCCUGGAACGUGUCAUCGGCGACCCUAGCUGCUGCCCGGAAGCUGGAUUCGAGUGCGAAGGUGGUUGAGAGGGAUAUGGAGAGCAUCGCGAGUCUGAAGUGGUACCCUCCGCACGACGGUCCGGUGGCAGAGUCUGUUGACUGGAUAGGGAACGAGAAGUACGGAUGGUGCUGAAUCAGCCCAACGCUCUCUCCUUGUAGAGUCCUGUAGAUUGGUAGAGAAAUCCUGAGCGACGAAGCGAUUCGUCCUGAAUACUGCCACUAUGCCCUGGUUGCGGCUCAAUCCAAGCGCGCCUGAGACGAA